GGAUUGCACGACGGUGGUGAAGUGGAUCGCCACGAAGAGCAACACGGAGUUCUUCUCGGGCUCUUCGGACGGACGUGCCAUGUGGUGGGACAUCAGGAAGUUGCGUGCGCCAACCGAAGUUCUCGUGUUCGAUCUCCAGGCGCCGAACGAGCAGAAUCUCGCGCGGGCGAUCGGAAUCGCGUCGGCCGAUUACGAGCCCAGCGUGGGCACGAAGUUCAUGUUCGGUUUGGAGAAUGGCAUCGUGAUCAGCGGUUCGAAAAAAGCGAGGACGCCGGCCGAGAAAAUGGCCUUGAAAUUCAACGCUCAUUACGGCCCGGUUCUUUCCGUCGAUCGCAGUGGCUUCAAUCCGAAGAUCUUCCUGACCGUCGGCGACUGCACGGCUCGUGUCUGGGCGGAGGACUCGAAGGACGGCAAUCUCGUGUCGACGAGAUUUUUAAUGGAGGGCCCAGUCUGCGGUUGCUGGAACAAAACCAGACACUCUAUAUUUUACGUAGCGACGCGUGCCGGCGUGCUGACUGUGUGGGACCUGCUGAUAGGCCUGCAUAAACCAAUCUUGACAGCAAAACUAUGCAAGCAAAAAUUAACUGCGGUCGCGUCACAUGAGAUGGGAUCUUUACUAGCCGUCGGGAAUUCUGCCGGCAACGUUUAUCUCGUCGAGUUGACGGAGGCGCUGUAUUCGUUUGAUAAAAAUGACAGGAACGAUUUCACGUCGUACCUGGAGAGGUGUUCUCGUUUCGUGAAGACAAUAGAUGCGCGGAUGAAAGAAAUAAAAUUAGCGAAAACUGCCGUAGAGGAACCGUUGCAAGAGCUCGCAUUGGUGGAGCCGAAAAAUAAAAAGAAGAAUAAACGAUUAACGGACGAUCAGAAUAAACGAAAGAUUGAAAAAGAAAAGGUAAAAGAGCCGCGAGAGAAAGCUAGAAUUAUAUCCAAGAGAAAGCCUAAAGAUGAGUUUCCCGAACUUCAAGAGGUGGAAGAUAAAUUUUUGGAGAUUGUGAAAAAGGAAAAACAGAAAUAUGAAGAGAUUGAGGAUGAAGAUAUUUCACCUUCGAAAUUGAGUCGUAUCAUGAAAAAAAUCCCCGGUCGAAAAAUCGAAAAGGACUUGCCGGUAGAUGAAGCAACAGGACUCGAGACGGAAAUACCAUCCAAGAAAAUAUUCAAAGAAGAGCGAGAAAAAUAUCCGAAAAAACCCGAGAUCGUCGAAAUUUCCAAGGCGGAAAUAGCGCAAGACGUUGAACAGGAGAAGGCAAUGACGGAAGAGCCCUUGCCUUUGUUGGCGGAAGAGCCCUUACCUUCGUUGGUGGAAACGGCUGUACAAUUCCCUUUGCAGGAAAUUAGCAAGAGAAAGCGCAGAAAGAAAGUGCGGAAGAAGCGGCCGAUGCCCGUCAUUUUCAGGUUGGCGAAGCCGUGUAAAACCGUUGUUUGCAAACCUGACAUUUGCUGCCGUAGGACUGCGUCUGGGAAAUUAAUUAGGUCUACAGAUCGAGCAGUCAAAGAUCGCGAAAAAUGGGGCGAGGUCGACGAGGGAAUGAGAUCGAAGGGCGACAUCAGAGCGAGAUCAAUCAAAGGCAAAAUGAGACGGCAGAAGAGGGAAUGCUGGACGAAGCUCCUGCGCGCUCAUAAGCGCGGAGAGCUCACUAGAAAGCACAGUGAAAAAGAAAAAAUUCGUCUCCUUCAGAAGAUGAUGGCACCGCCUGAGGAAUUCGCCGGUAUGACGGAAUAUGUGAGAAAAGCUAAAAAGGAGAUCCAUGAAGCCGGCGUGGCGGGGACAAAAGCAAGGAAAUUCACCAAGAAAGCUUUGAAAAGCAGUGCUACAGCUGCGGAAAAAUCUCGAGACACCCCAAGGGGAUCGGGAAGAGGUGAGGUAGAUCUUGCCAAGGAGGUCACGAGCGCGACAAAGAGGAUCCUUACCGCGCGGAAGGGAAGGAAGGUGUGUCGUACGAUCGUCAUGACGGAUCCUUGCGUUCCCUGGCAGCCACCAUCCCUUGCGAAGGAUCUGCAGACACUUUUCGGAGGUCUUCCGCCGGAAUCGAUCGAAAAAGAGACGAAACCCGACGUGGCUUGCACGGAGGAGAUCGAAGCCGCUCGCGCUUAUCCACGGAUUUCCGAUUUCCAAUCCAUCGAGUAAUGUUGCGUUAUUUGAAGCGUUCCUAACAUUUUUUUAUGUCAGUGCUACAACUGCUACAAUACUACUUUCAAAGAUUUUUUUCUUUGAAAGUAUAAAAGAAAAUUUCUUUAAUUUAAAAAAUACUGAUAUCUCGCGUAUAAUG